AUGGACAAGAGCUGGAUUUUGGCUUUUCUCCUCCUCAUACUCCAUUUAAGAAGAACAAGAGCUGCCUUUGGUGUUGGCGGUGGUAUUGGUGUUGGUGUUGGCGGUGGUGGAGUGGUUUGGGUUGGUGGAGGGAUUAACAGCCCGGAGUCCCCGGGAUCUUCAGUGCCAAAGCUGGAUGGAGCUUACACAGCUCUACAGGCAUGGAAAUCUGCAAUUACUGAUGACCCAGUAAAGAUUUUAGAUAGUUGGGUUGGUUCUAAUGUGUGUUCUUACAAAGGAGUCUUCUGUGAUAAUCGUCAAGAUGGAAUGGCUGCAUCAGCUGUCCCUGUAGUUGCAGGCAUUGAUCUCAACCAUGCCAAUCUCCAAGGAACUCUUGUCAAAGAGCUCUCCUUACUCACUGAUAUGUCUUUACUCCACCUCAACAGUAAUAGGUUUACUGGCACUGUUCCUGACACAUUCAGAGACCUCUUGUCUCUGGAAGAGUUAGACCUCAGCAACAACCAACUUUCAGGUCCUUUCCCAGCUGUUACUUUGUACAUGCCAAGCCUCAUCUACUUGGAUAUCAGAUUCAACUACUUCUCAGGGCCACUUCCUCAAGAACUCUUCAAUAAGAAUCUGGAUGCAGUAUUUCUCAACAACAAUCAAUUUGAAGGUGAAAUUCCACAAAAUUUGGGUAGUUCCCCUGCCUCUGUGAUAAAUUUAGCCAACAACAAGUUGAGUGGAAACAUCCCAGCAAGUUUUGGCUUCAUGGGUUCUAAAAUAAAGGAGAUUUUGUUCCUCAAUAACCAGCUAACUGGAUGCAUUCCUGAAGGAGUGGGGCUCUUCACAGAGAUGCAAGUUCUGGAUGUGAGCUACAAUGCACUGAUGGGUCAUUUGCCAGACACAUUAUCUUGCCUGCAAAAUAUAGAAGUUCUCAAUUUGGCACACAACAAACUUUCUGGGGAGUUAUCAGAUAUAAUCUGCUCUCUAAGAAGCCUUGCAAAUCUAACCGUUGCUUACAAUUUCUUUUCUGGGUUCAGCCAGCAAUGCUCAAGGCUUUUCUUUAGGAAUGUAGGUUUUGAUUUCUCACUUAACUGCAUUCCUGGAAGAGACAUGCAGAAACCUCAACCUGAGUGCUCUGUGAUCCCAGGCGGUAGCCUAAGUUGUCUCAGAAUCCCUACACCAAAGCCUCUUGUUUGUGGUUCAGUGGCUGUAAGUACCUCCUCCAAGCACACUGAUCCCAGUUCACCAUCUCCUUGAUAGUUAGUAGUUAAUUACAGUCUGGUCACUGCUGUUCCGUUAAUUAGUGCUACCAAUCUUAAUUCAGACCAUGCUAAUUUAAUUCUUCAUAAAUUCAAUAUGCAUAUUUGUAAUUAUACUUGCCCUGCACGGAUAGGACAUGCCUAUAUUUUG